AGUGUGUUUCCUCCUCAUGGCUGCUGCUGCUGGUACUGGUGGUACUGGUGGUGGUACUGGUGGUACUGGUACUGGUGCUGGUGCUGUGUACCUGGGCUUUGACUUCAGCACUCAGCAGCUGAAGGUCGUGGCCAUCGAUGGAAACCUGAACGUGCUUCAUCAGAAUAAUGUUCAGUUUGACUCUGAGCUGCCUGAGUUCAGGACUCAGGGAGGAGUUCAUAUCCAACCUGACAGAUUGACCGUCACCUCACCUGUACUGAUGUGGGUCAAGGCUCUGGACCUGCUAUUGGACAAGAUGAAGAGGGCGGGGCUUGACUUCUCCCGGGUCAGAGCGCUGUCAGGCAGCGGCCAACAACAUGGCAGCGUGUUCUGGAAGAGAGGAGCAUCCCAAACACUCAGAGACCUCGACCCAGAACAGAGCCUGAACCAGCUGCUGCAGCACAGCUUCUCGGUCUCAGACUCUCCAGUGUGGAUGGACUCCAGCAGCACUCAGCAGUGUGCUGAUCUGCAGUCGGCAGCAGGAGGAGCUCAGAGUCUGGCAGAGAUCACCGGAUCCAGAGCUUACGAGCGAUUCACAGGAAACCAGAUCGCUAAGCUGCUGCAGAGCCGACCGGACCAGUACCAGGACUCUGAGAGGAUCUCAUUGGUCAGCAGCUUUGCAGCGUCGCUCUUCCUCGGUGGUUACGCCUCCAUCGACUACAGUGAUGGCUCCGGGAUGAAUCUUCUGGACAUCAGGAGCAGAACCUGGUCUAAGAUUUGUCUGGAAGCCACCGCUCCUCAUCUGGACCGACUGCUGGGAGAUCCACAACCCUCCACAGCUGUACUGGGUCGCGUCUCGCCUUAUUUCGUACGUCGGUUUGGUUUCUCUGAGAACUGCAGCGUGGUCGCUUUCACCGGAGAUAACCCAGCGUCUCUGGCAGGAAUGAGACUCCAGCAGGGAGACAUCGCUGUGAGUUUAGGAACCAGUGACACGGUGUUUCUGUGGAUCCAGCAGCCUCGGCCUGCGUUGGAGGGUCAUAUCUUCUGUAACCCAGUGGACUGGCAGCAGUUCAUGGCUCUGCUGUGCUUUAAGAACGGCUCGUUAACAAGAGAACGCAUCAGGAACGAGUGUGCUGGAGCAUCAUGGGAAGUUUUCUCCGCCGCCUUGAAAGAAACGCCGCUCGGAAACCACGGCAACAUCGGAUUGUAUUUUGACACCAUGGAGAUUACUCCUCCUGCUGUAGGAGUUCAUCGCUUCAACCAGGACGACAAAAAGGUGUCCUCACUGAGUCCUCAGGUGGAGGUGCGUGCUCUGGUGGAGGGUCAGUUUCUGUCUCGGAGGCUCCACGCUGAGAGUCUGGGAUACUCCAUCAUUCCAGGAACCAGAGUUUUGGCAACAGGAGGAGCUUCGUCUAAUAAAGAGAUCCUGCAGGUCUUGUCUGAUGUGUUUAACGCUCCGGUCUACACCAUCGAUCUGUCUAACUCUGCCUGUCUGGGAUCAGCAUACAGAGCUCUGCAUGGCCUGACAGCAGAAUCCGGAGUUUCCUUCUCUGAUGUCGUGAAGAACGCAGCGGAGCCGCAACUAGCUGCUAAACCUCAUCCUACUGCACAGGAGGAUAAUCAAAUUUAAAAAUACUGUAAAAUAACACAAAGGAUGUUAAUAUUGAGUUUCAGGAGUUAUUAAAGUUACAGAAGUUACAGCUUCAGUUUGCUGAUUAACUUCAAUAUAAACUCAAAUGAAGCAGUUUGUAGGAUCAGGCUGCAGGAAGAUGCUUCAGAGACUCAGUGGCGCCUCCUGGUGGCCGAAGUGGUUACAGCGCAUGUUACGUAAUCACAGCGUCCCUGGUUCGAAUCCGGACAGGAAGCUUUGCUGCAGGUCAUUUCUACUGUUUCCUGGUCGGCAAUCUCUGACAGAUACUAUCAAAAUUAAAGUUCUUUUAAAAGAUGGACAUUGGUUUAAUAACCCUGAUCCUGUUUGUCUGGUCCAGGUUUCACAUUCUCACAGAUAGAUGAUGGAAUUUUUAAUGUGUAAUUUCCAAUAAAAUAAAUGAUGAUCA